AUGACCUUCCACCCUGACGAGCUUCCAGACCUUUCUGGGAAGGUGUACCUGGUCACUGGUGGGAAUUCUGGAAUAGGCUACUUCACCGUCGCACGACUCGCUCAGCAUGGCGCUCAUGUCUACAUGGGCGUCCGCUCUGUCGAAAAGGGCUCUGCGGCUGUCAAAGACAUCAAGAAACUAUACCCAAAUGCCAAGAUUUCUCUCCUAGAAAUCAACCACAUGUCACUCGACAGUGUAGUUGCAGCAGCAAAGCUCUUCAUCUCCAAAGAGCCCGCCCUCCACGGACUGAUCAACAAUGCUGGUAUCAUGGCCACUCCCUUUGAAAUAUCGUCCGACGGUUACGAAGCACAGUUCCAGACAAACUAUCUUGCCCACUGGCUCUUGACCACCCACCUCUUGCCACUGCUUCUCAAGACGUCCAAGACCACACCAGCAGGCGGCGUUCGAAUUGUCAACCUGAGUUCUGCGGGCCACGCAAGUGCCCCCAGCUGCGGCAUCAAUUUUGCCGAUCCUGCUCUCACCAAGUCCGACCCUGGGGCUCGAUAUGGACAAUCCAAGCUCGCUAACAUCCUCCACACGAAAAUUCUGAGCGAUCGUUACGGUCCUAACUCACCAAGUGCAAAGGCAGGAAACGGUGAAGUUUGGACCACCAGCGUACAUCCAGGCCUAGUCGAGACCAAUCUUGCCAACAAUAGUAAAUGGCCCUUUCCGUUGGGAUUGAUUCUGAACGUGGCCAGGCCACUGGGAUUCUUCUUCGAUGCUGAUAAAGGAAGCUGGACAAGUGUUUAUUGUGCUGCGAGCCCCAAGAUGCCAAGCCAGGACUGUGGUGCAUAUUUCAUCAGGAUAGCAAAGAACAAAGGAGGAUGGAGGUCGGGGCCAUCUAAGAAUGCUGCUCUUGCAACUAAGCUGGAAGAAUGGACUAGCAAGGAACUGAACAAGAACGGCUGGCUACCAUGA